AGUGAGGAGGACGAUAGAAGAAAGCUUUUCUUAUCGGCCCAUAUGUGUGUAUCGCCUGAGGGAGAGUGAUAACGAUGACAGCGAUCCGAGGACAGCCACACAAGUGAGGUGACCUGUACAUGGGCCGGGGGAGGACUGUAUGUGGACUGAUCUGUACGACCGACGGCCUGGAUCAUAGACACAGCGAUGCUGCUGCUCCGAGGAUUCCUCCUAUGUGUCCUGCUUUCACACCUGACAGAAUCCUUCACCAUCUCAUUACAAGCAAAAGACAACACAAUAAUCAGUAUCAAAAAUGUUAUUAUUACUACACCACCUCCCUGCCCUCUCUGCGUUGAUAAAAAGUGUGACAAGUCAAGUCUGAUUAUUCGCCCUGGGAGCCCUGUGAAUUAUGACUUCGGUUGUAAAACCCCCGAGACGUACUAUGUUAUGGAAAUCAACAGGACCAUUGAUUGUGCUUAUGGUGCUUGUCCUUUAAAUGUAAGUCUGCUACCUUCAAGUUUAAUUGGCUUAAAUCGGACCUUUUUUUGGCACAUAUCAGCACUCCGGAGUAAUGGUCUUGUACUUGGCUUCCCUAAUCCAUGGCUACAACAGAUCCAUCCAUCAGACAAUUGCCCGGACCGAUCAAAUUUCAAGAUCAGUACUUUCUCAAGUGACUUACCCAUCACUAUUGGAACCUUUUGCAGGCAAGGAACGGUCUCUCAAAUUAAAGUCCAUGAAAGGGGUGUUGUUGCUUUAAGUCUGCCUUGGAAUAAGAGCGUUAAAGACCCGGUGUUCAGUGUGGCUAACCGAACCUCCAUCAAAAGAUUAUGCAUCAUUGAAUCAAAUUUCCAGAAUGAAUUCCUUGUAACACUUCUAUCUGCAAAUUACCCGUCUGCAUUUCCCUCUAAUGAACGCAUGACUUGGAAGUUCAACUUGCCUCCUGGUCAUGCAGCAGCAGUCAACUUUGUCAACUAUUCAAUUCCAGUGUGUGACAAGAAUGUGCUGGAAGUGCAAUACUAUCUGCCAAAGCUGUCAACAUUAAAUCUGCAUGAUAAGCAACCUGCAAAUAUACAAAAUAACUUCAACUUUUCUUUGCAAAACUGUAUAGUGGACACAAGCAUAAGGAGCUCUGAUCAGCCUGGGCUUACCUUGAAUUUUACCGUCACAGUUCAGAAGACAUCUGGAAAUGAACUGUAUGUUCUAGAUUUGACCAAGGAAAAAGAUCUGCGUGUGCGUAUUGGAAGGAGGAAAUCUGUUGGACGUCAGUUUGUUCCAGCCUGUGAGAUCUGUAAAGCACACGCAGACUGUGCACCAGAGCUGGAGCUUGAAGGAGGAAAAUACUACAAAAUCUCCUUUUUCUGUCAAGAUAUGAAGAUCUUGAUUGUAGAGGCUGUAAAGGAAAUAUCAUGUUGGGAUCUCAGAAUCUGCAAUAUCAGCAACAUGCCCCUUACCAUUCCGGAAUCAUUCAUGAAUUUCCCUGUCCGCCUGGACAGUUUUACCUGGAGGUUGAUAGCACCCGAAUCCAUCAGUACUAAAAUAACCUCUAAAUCUAUAUUCCUACAACAAGAUACUGAAGAUAAACCCUGCAACCUGACUGCUUCAGGUUUUACUUAUGAAAUCAUGAGCUCCAACAACAAAGUUGAGUUUAAAAUUGGCACCUUUUGUCCAAAUGGGUCCAUUGAAGAGAUUCAAAUGAAGGACAAUGUCACCAUCAUUUUACGUAUGCCACAACAGACAGAUAUGCGAGAACUGCGGAAACAUGACCAACGUGUGUCCUUUGUGCCCUUCAUUACAGAAGAGUGUAUAAUCAUGGUAUCUCCAAAACCAGAAGAAACUAUUUAUGUUCGGACUCCAAACUGGGACUUUGGGCUUCCAGAUCAUGUUUCUCUUUCGUGGAAUAUAAAUGUACCGAGCAAACAGUUCGGACGACUGAAGUUUGCAACUGAAAAAUUGGAUGUAAGUUGUGAAAAUGGCCGUGCAUUUGUCAGUAUAAAGGAAGAGAAAGACAAUGGACCUGGCGUAGUACAGAGAGAUGGCGGGCAGCUACCAGGUCCACUCGAUAUGUAUUCUUCAUUUUGGGUAAACGUCUCCAAUUGCGAACCCCGGGCUAAGACAAAGAAACUUAAACUUCAGCUGUCCGUUACCUUCAGUCAGCUUUCCUCAGGUAUUAAGUACCUACUAAUUGCAGGUGGUUCAGCAGUCGUUGUUGUUCUUGCAGUGAUAAUAACUGUGUGCUGUGUCAAAAGGAAGAAAAAGCCGAAGCAAGCUCCAUUGGGUAUAUACAACACCAAGGUGGCCACCGAGGCACCAAGGCGACAAGCCUUCUUUAAGAAGGGUAGGAAGACUAAUGAGUCGCACGUGUAUGCAGUUAUUGAUGAUACAAUGGUGUAUGGCCACCUUCUACAAGAAAAGAGGGACUCCGGCCCAGAUGUAGAUGUAUACAGGUCAUUUGACGGUCCCAUGGAUGAUCCUCCACCUGUCCCUCCUAUGAAAUUUCCUAAUGGAAGCACUAGAGAGGAUACAGUGCUGGAACCUCUUGCACAUUCAAUGAAAGAAAAUGAAAUAUAUACUAUCUCUGAUCCACUUAUGAGAGACCCAGUCGAAAAUGAUGACACCAGCAUACCUUACAUUGAGGAAUCAGAAAAUGGAACCAUUUCUACGUAGAUGAAUCAAAAUGGAACUGUUAUUGAAUGAUUAUCAGGAGAAAAUAUUUAUUUUGA